AUGGAAUCGGAUGGAUUCGCGGAGUUUGGACGCCGGGAUGUGGUGAGGGAUCCGCCGCAGCAUCCCUACGGAGUCGGGAGAUUUGUCGACUCCGGGGCGUGGAUGAAUGCUGUUUCUAGAAUACAUGGAGAUGUCCCUCCCAAGUACCGUUCGUCACCGAACCUGAAGCUCUUCUCCCGGCCGCAAGAGGAGACGCCGUCUGCCCCGCCGGCCCUGAUUCCCGACCGGGCGAGAGGCGGCUUCGGCGGCGCAGCGCCGCCGCAGUCGAAGACUUCGCUGCCGACCGCCAUGGCCCGGCGCAACGAGCGGGAGAGGAAGCGGGUACGGCUCGUCAACCACGGAUUCGCCACGCUCAGGCAGUACCUACCGCAGCAGGGGAACUCGCGAAAGAAGUUGAGUAAAAUGGAAACUCUCCGAUCCGCCAUUGAAUACAUCAAGCAACUUCAGUUUCUGCUCGACCCCCCCUCUGACACAUUCAGUCAGAACAGCAGCCAUUCGGACGACGGGAGGUGGCCGGGCAUGACGUCAGAAGGGUCAUCCAACCUCAGCGGGCAAGUGUGGGAGGAUGCAAUGGCCUGGACGACGCAGCAUUCUCCCGGAUCUGCCGGCUCCUCACCACAUGAAAGUCUAAGUCCGGAGACAGAUCUCAUAGAUUUCUCUUCGUUUUCUUAA